AAAAUGUAUUGAAUUUAUCRACAGUUGUAAACAGUUUAAUACAUUGACUAUUGUUCACAACAUUUGUAAAUAAUUAAAGUGUUGUUUAUUUACAAUCAAUUAAUCGAUUAAUUGUUUAGUUAUUUAUUUGGUGUAAUUGAUAUCAUUUGUUAAUAUCUUCAUUAUUGUCAUCGUUGACAAUACAUCGGAUCCCAUUACAUGAUGAAUGAUAAAGAAAACGAUGACUUCAUGUCUGCUUUCGAUCCGAUCCCCACUAACGGCGGUCGCAAAAGUUGUAAAAGGAGGUCAUCGAUAUUAAAGGCAUUUGAGACCAAUUAUGGCGAAGAGCGACGUACAUCCCGACGGGUCAGUUGGGCCAACACUUAUCAAUAUAAAGAGCUUUUGGCCGACGGAACAGCUGUUAUCAAAAGUCAAGAGAUGAUGAUUUGUAAAUCGGAUGACAUUUUAAAAGAUGAUUCUAUGGCUAUCGUCACCGAUGAUGAUGACACCAAUGUUAUCGAUUGUUCCGAUAUUAAGAGAUUCAAACCAAACUCAUCCGAUGACUUUACUGAAACUUUGAUGAACAAGUCGAUGACUAUUGUCAAUGCAGAAGAUGACAGUGAUAUUAUCAGUAUUUCCAAUGGUAGUGAUAAUGCAUCUAUCGGUACUAAUAAAUCAAUUCAUUACAUGAGUUUAACAACUAUGGAUACCUCAAUGUCUUUAGCAUCAAAUAUUACCGAUAAGAAUCCAGAUGUAACCGAUAGAUCCAAUAAUGAUUCGAUGGUUAUAAUAAAUGAAGACGAAGACGAUACUAAUAUUAUCGAUGAUUAUACCAAAAAUUUGAUUAAUAAGUCAAUGAGUAUUGUCAAUGCAGAUGAUUAUACAGCUAUUGCUAAGAGUCAAGAGAAUAUCACAUUUAAAUCAUUUGAUUCAAGUAUUUUAAGGGAUGAAUCGAUGGCUAUGGUAACCGAUGAUGAAGACACCAAUGUUAUCGAUUGUUCCGGUAAUAAGAUAUUUAAACCAAAUACAUUUACCGGUAAUAAUAACCAAAAUUUCACGAAUAAGUCUAUGACUAUUGUCAACGAUGAUGACAAUACAAAUAUUAGCUGUUCCGAGAAUGGCGUUGAUGUUGUCAUUUGUUCCAAUGUUAGUGACAAACCCUCUGAUAAUUCAUUACAUGACAUGAGUCAACCCACGACAACAUCGUCAACAAUACCGACAUUAUCUCGAAUACAGCAACCAUUAGUCCGAAAGAUGCCAUUAUUAAAGGCUAUGCCACGCGUUAACGUAUUUUCACAAAACAAUAGAAGUUCUUCAUCCAGACUAAGUAUGGGUUGGUUGGCUCAGAGCAUUGUUUCCAAUAAUACAGUUUCAACAAACAAUAUGAACCAAACCUUACAAAUUGGUCAAACAAUGCCUAAUAUUUUCAAGCGAACCGAACGUAAAUCAAUUCAAUGCGCGCCAAGAGUUAGUCUUUUAAAUAAAGAUUGUAAUUCACAGCCAAUCGAUAUCGAUAUUAAUGAUAAUCAUAUCACUGGACAACCAAUUUCAUCAGCUUUAGACACUUGUAAAGAAGUUUUACAAAUGAAAACAAUUGUUAAGUUAACAGAAAUUAGAGCAAAUUCUGAUAACACAUUAAAUGCUGAGACAUUAAAAGAUGCAUCAAAUUAUGAAAACACAAUAAACGCUGAAAUAUCUACAGAAAUAACAGAUUCAUCCGAUUUAAGUUCUGAAACUAAAUCAUCAGAUUCUGAGACAAAAUUAUCCGAUUCUGUGAAGUCAUUGGAUUCGGAAACAAUCAAACAAACGAUGUCUGACAUGAGUUACGAAACAAGUAAUGGUAUGUCAAUGGAUUGCAGUAAUAUUGAAGUCUCAAAUAGUAACUCAACCUCUGAAUCAUCUAAAGAGAUGAGUUCUGAACUGAGUUCAAGAACUUUGUCUCUACCUUUAGAUCUAACCCAUGCCUCGACAUCUCCACUAUCAAUAUCAAUGAUUAAUUCUACUAAUGAUUAUUUAGUUUCCAGUCCGACAACAGUGGAUAAGACUUUAAAUUUUACAUUUAAUGAGCCAUUAGAUGAAGACUCCAAUUCAUUUGAUCCAUUUAUUCACACGAACCGAUCUUUUCACGCGAACGCUUCGUUUUAUGACACGACUACCAGCCCUAUGCAACUGUCGUUUAUUGUCAGACAGGACACACUUUGUAUAUUAACAGAUCAAUUGGAGAAACAAAUGGAAGACAUAGUAAUCCCCGCUGAAGAUCACAAUUUGAUUGUAAUUACUCCGGAUUCUACAGAAAAAGAUUGCAAUGAUAUGUUUACUCCAUUGAAAAAACUUGACGCAAAAGAAUUAGAUUUUACUUAUGAAGUGCUAAAUGAAGAUAAGGCUAUUAUAAGCUUUCUUUGGGCAACAUUCGCUCUGGAGGUUAAAUUUGGUGGUCUUCUAGACAAUACAUGCCUUCCAUUUCCUGUUCGCCACAUUAUAGCCAUUAACAUGAAGUCUAUGGUGACAGCCGAAGAUUCCCUUCAGAUGAGACAAAAAGACUUGAUGUUAAAGUUUGAAGAACUGCACAAACCAUUGAUAACAAUAGCUCACGACUUAAUCAUAUCUUAUUUUCAAAUGGAAGAACAAGACAUCAAAGCAAAGCAUAAGACCAGUUCAACACUCGAUGAACUUCUCACAUAUAUCUCUGUGAGAGCACAAAGUGCUAAGAAACUACUCAUCGAACUUCGGGUCAUCCAAUCGGCAGAAAUUUGUCGAUUCUAUCCUAAAGACAAUAAAGAUCGCUAUCGAUUGGUUGUUGAAAUAUUGGGUAUAAUAAAACCAAUUCAUUUAAUUUUUCACAUCAAUGCCAAGUCAUACCCGGAUGAAGUUAUUCGUCCCAAUGUAAGAAUUAGUGCCGAAGAUAAACACUAUUUAUGUGGCCAACAAUUUUCAGCCGCAUUUUUACGAAUCCAAUGUCGAAAAUUCGAUUACAUUAAGCGACUAAUUCGUGGCGCAAAAGCUUUCAUUAAGGCAAAGAAGACACUGAUGGCCAGCGAACAGAUGAAAAUCAAACAAAAGAAAGCCAUCGAAAGUGCAAAACUUUCCGAAUCAAUGAUGACUUUUUGAAAAAUAUCAUAUUUUGUUUAUUAUAUAAUCCUAAUGUAAAUAUCUUUAUAUAU